AUGAGUAUUUCCGAGCCUGGGGGAAGCGCCGGGGUGGGAUACGUGGGCACAGGGAGCUGGAAGUCCCUGCGACCUGCGUGGGCCCUUCUCUCCUGCGGGCGGUUUGCCAAGCUGCACGCGCCGCUCUCUCGGCUGCUUCUUCCACCAGUGGGCUCAGGCCAUGGAAACUUCUCCCGGUGCCCAAGGCCGUGUGUGCUGUGGCGGGUGACGCUUUGCCUGGGCACUUGCUCUCAGUGGCCGUGCCACCCCUGCAGCAUCGCCGCUGUCCUGCUGAGAAACCGGGGGCUGGUGUGGACUCCUGCGUCGGGCUUGGCCGUUGUCAACCGCGUGCGUUCAGAUCUCAAGAUCGAGGCUUCCCCACAUAGCACUACUGGCUUAACUGUUGAAAAUUCGGUGCUUACUCAUACGUGGUUCUUGAAUCUCCACCCUUGCCUUCUGAUUCUGCUCUCAGAGGUCACUUUCCAACUUUCUUCCCAACCAUAUGAGGUGGCAGUGAAAGUAAUUGACAAGAAAAGAGCCAAAAAGGACACCUAUGUCACCAAGAAUCUGCGACGGGAAGGGCAGAUCCAGCAAAUGAUCCGCCACCCCAAUAUUGCUCAGCUGCUGGAUAUACUGGAAACUGAGAACAGCUACUACCUUGUCAUGGAGCUGUGCCCUGGUGGCAACUUGAUGCACAAGAUCUAUGAGAAAAAAAGGCUUGAAGAGCACGAAGCACGCAAAUAUAUCAGGCAGCUUAUUCUGGCAGUAGAGCAUCUCCAUCGAGCGGGAGUAGUUCACAGAGACUUGAAGAUAGAAAAUCUGUUGCUAGAUGAAGACAACAAUAUCAAGCUCAUUGACUUUGGCUUGAGCAACUGUGCAGGCAUCUUGGGUUAUUCUGAUCCGUUCAGCACCCAGUGUGGGAGCCCAGCAUAUGCAGCGCCUGAACUUCUGGCAAGGAAAAAGUAUGGGCCGAAAAUAGAUGUUUGGUCCAUUGGGGUAAACAUGUAUGCAAUGUUGACUGGAACGUUACCUUUUACUGUGGAACCUUUCAGCUUGAGAGCUUUAUACCAGAAAAUGGUGGACAAAGAAAUGAACCCGUUUCCCACUCAGCUCUCAACAGCGGCCGUAAACUUUCUACGAUCUCUACUCGAGCCAGAUCCAGCAAAGAGACCGAACAUCCAGCAGGCGCUUGCAAACCGCUGGCUUAAUGAGAAUUACCCUGGAAGAGCACCACCCAACGUCACGUAUCCAAACAGGAUUCACCUGGAGGACCUCAGCCAAAGCGUGCUGCUCCAUAUGACCGAGAAGCUUGGCUACAAGAACAGCGAUGUCAUCAACACGGUGCUCUCCAACCGCGCGAGCCACACACUCGCCAUCUACUUUCUGCUGAAUAAGAAGCUGGAGCGCUACUUGGCCAGCCUGAGGAAGUCUGAAGGCCAGGACAAUAUUUGCCACAAGAACCAACUGUACCAGAUAGAAAAAUACAAGGCAAAUAAAGACUCCUAUGAGGACAAAAAGCUCAAAGAACAAGAAAAGAAAGGGGAGAUCCUUCACCGUCCACCCCCAAAGAAAACUGAGAAAAGUCCAGUUUCAUAUAGACAGCCUUCUUCCUGUCUUAUCUCACAGAUACAGAACACCAAGGCUCUGCUGAGGGACCGAAAAAUCACCAAGGCCGGAGGUACGGAGAAAGAGUCUACCAGUGGGUUAAGCCCUUUCCACGAACCCGUUGCAACCAAGACGGGCUGCGUCACUUCCAGUUCCCUGGAAUAUCUUGAAAUCCAGCAACCGCUUCCGCGAACGCCUCGGCUCCUCAAGAGACAGGAUUCCCCGCAGCAAGAACCCGCGAGGAUUGGCGGCCAAGGGAAGGACUCUCCUCUGAUCCUCAAUAUUGUUCAUUCUUUCGAAUCUGUUGACAGGGAGGACCAAAUAGACCAAGUUUCCCCCUCUCAUCAGUACCGCAUUUUAGGCUCACCAAUAAAUUUUCCUUACAAAAGCUCAAGUGAAAGGACACUGUCCCCACUUUUCCAGCCAGGAAGUACAUCCCCUGCCAGAAGCCCAGUUCAUCCCACUCAGGUCUCCUUCACGUAUGACGAGAAAGCGAAUCCGGCGAGAGACGAGGCGGUGUCCCCCACUCAGCUGGUCCCCAGCAACCCCCUGGGCAGCCCCAACUGCGUGAAAAGCCGCGGCAGGUUCCCCAUGAUGGGGAUCGGACAGAUGCUGCGCAAGAGGAACCAGAGCAUGCAGUCGGCCAGCGACAAGCCGCUGGAAGCCAGGAUGCCGCAGCUGCAGCAGAUGAGCCCCACGCAGAUCUCCUUCAACGCUGCGGAGGCCGUCAACGGCCAGUGCUGA